AUGGACCUGAUGCUGCAAAGGCGAGCCUCCCGACAGAGAUAUACCCUCGCCGAAGAGUCAUCAGGCGAAAGACCCCGGCCGCUCUACUUCAAAGUGCCCAGCAAGGGCAAACCGACGAAGCAAAAGCAGCCGCUUGCCUCGGAGCCCAAUCGCCCACUGAGCGCCUCGUUCACAUCUGCCUCGCAUCUUGAACCCCUCCGACCCGCUGCCCGACCCAAGGCUGCCCUCAGAAACCGCGACGGCGGCUACGCAAUCCACGCCCAGAACAUGUCGAGCCACGUCCAGAUCGUGGCCACGCCCACGGCCGACACGGCUGGUGCAGGCCUCCUCCUGCACUUCGACCACCGCCGGUACCACUUUGGCACACUCGCCCAGGGCACGCAGCGCGCCAUCUCCCAGCGCGGCCACUCCCUCGCCAAGCUUGACAAGAUCUUCAUCGCCGGCGAGGUCAACUGGGAGACCACCGGCGGCAUGCUGGGCAUGAUGCUGACGGUCGCUGACGGUCUCGCGGCCGUCGCCCAGGAUGUCAAGAACUCCAACGAGGCGAGGCGCAAGGAGGGCAAGCGCGAGAUCGCCACGCCCAACAAGACGUUUGAGAUUUUCGGCGGCAAGAACACAGCACACACCGUGGCCACGGCGCGGAACUUCAUCUUCCGCACCGGCAUGCCCAUCAAGGCCGUCGACCUGACCCUCGACCCCCGCGCCGCGCCGCCGCCGCAGCCCGACGCCGCACGACUAUUCAAAGCCAGACUGGGAGGACGACACCAUCUUGGUGACGGCCUGUUCGAGACCAAGCUCGCCGACGUGCAGAUGCCGGCCAAGAUCUUCAUCCGCGAGAACGGCCACAUCAAGAAGUACAACGGACCGACACCGAGCACGAGGGAUGCUGUUGUGCCUGACAUUACGGUCCUCGUUCGCAAGCCCUGGCCGAGUGCCUUGGUCACCGACCUGCCGCCCACGACCAUGUCUGACACGUCGCUUUGCUAUAUUGUCAAGAACAGGGGGCGUCGUGGAAAGCUGAACCCCAAGGUCGCGAUCGAGCUGGGCGUGGCCAAGCCCGACUUCAAGCGCCUGACCGCCGGUGAGACGGUCAAGGCCAUGGACGGCAAAGAUGUGACCCCUGAUAUGGUGCUCGAGGCGCCUAUGAAGGGCCAGGGCUUUGCCGUCCUGGCCAUCCCCUCUCUGGAACACGUGUCUGGCUUCCUCGAACGGCCCGAGUGGCAGUCGGACGAGCUGCUCGACAAUGUCCAGAUCUUUUACUGGAUCUUUGGAAAGGGUGUCUUUGAUGACCCUUCGAUCCAGGACUUUAUCAAGAGCAAGCCCCACGUCAGGCAUCUCGUCAUGGGCGCUGACAUUUCGCCCAACAUGAUCACGUACGAGUCUUAUGCGGCCCUCUUUACCAAGCUGCACCGACUCGACCCUGCACGAUUCCCCGUGCUCCAAUUCGACAACACAUUCCGCGAUAUCCCCAAGGUCGACGGCCUGACGGUGGAAAUUGGCCGUACUGGCAUGAAAGCCCACAUGCUGCCCAACUUUAAGAUUAACGACGCUGAGAUUGUUCCCUUCCCUCUGCUCAACGAGGCCGAACAGAUCGAUGCGCAGGUCAUCGCCUUGGCGGAAGAAGCCAGGCAAAAGGUGGCUGAGCCCAGCUUCACCGACCUCGUGGAGCAGGACGAGAAGGACAUUCCCAACCGGGAUGCCCUCAUUGUGCCCCUGGGCACUGGUUCAGCGGCCCCUUCCAAGUACCGCAACGUCUCGUCCACCCUCAUUCGCGUUCCUGGCGUUGGCAGCUAUCUCCUUGACGCUGGUGAGAACACCAUUGGUCAGCUCCGCCGCGCAUUCCCCGCAGAGGAGUACGAAGCCAUCAUGAAGGAGCUCCGCUUCAUCUUCAUCUCCCACAUGCACGCGGCGGCGUUCCUGCGCGCUGCGGCGCUUCUUCGAGGUCGAGGAGGAGACGAAGGAGGCGGAGAAGGAGAAGGCCAAGGAGGCGCCGAGGCGGUGGAGAAGAAGAGGAAGAAGUAG